AUGGGAAUUAAAUGGGGCAUUAUCGAGGAAUCCCAAUGGUCUUCAAGUUGUCUUUGGUCUGGCGAAGAACAGCAAACCUCCACCAUACAUUCUGGCAAAGAGUAUGAUGUAGGAGAGCAGUUAGGAAGAGGUGGCUUUGCCACAGUGUACAGAGCACGAUGUAGAAAACACAGGAAGGGAUAUCACAAGAGUGAAAUAGCUGCUGGAGGACUCAUAAAUCGCGUCCGACAGGAGGUGACGAUCCAUUCUAAGCUGAAUCAUCCAGCAAUACUGAAGCUGUAUGCAUUCUUUGAGGACCAGAGCUUUGUUUAUCUUGUGCUAGAACUGUGCUCAAGAGGCGAACUUCAGAAGCAUAUCAAAAGUCUACGAAGAGUUUUAAAUGAAGAUGAAGCUCGUGAAUAUCUCAGUCAGGUGGUGGCAGGGAUGCUGUACCUCCAUUCCCAGUCUAUCAUGCACAGAGAUCUUACAUUGUCAAAUCUUUUACUUGACAAUAAUGGUAGGGUUAAAAUUGCGGAUUUUGGACUUGCAACACAGUUGCGCCGCCCAGAUGACCGGCACAUGACAAUGUGUGGAACGCCCAACUACAUAAGUCCUGAAGUAGCCACCCGCAGUUCCCAUGGCCUUGAGUCUGAUGUGUGGAGCCUUGGGUGUAUGCUGUUUAUAAUGCUUGUGGGACAUCCACCCUUUGACGGAGGGGGUGAAGAAUCGAUAUUCACACGUGUGGUGAUUGGUGAUUACAAGAUCCCAAGUUAUGUGUCAGCAAAUGCACGUUCUCUUAUUUCGGAGUGUCUUAAGAAGAAUCCAAGAGAGAGGAUCAAGCUUCAGGCUAUUCCCCACCAUCCCUUCAUGGCAGUUGAAGGCAAAACUGACAUCUCAAGAACAUCAGACAGUGGGCUAUACACUAUGACUACUGUGGCCACCACACAGCACACACGACCCCCUUUGACCACCAUAUCUGAGAGUGAUUUGUCAGAUACAGAGUCAAGUGGGUCAGAGAACAGACAAGGAGGGCAUCCUCAUAGGUUGCCUUACCUCAGACACCCUCCAUCUCCUCCAGUUCGAAUGAAGUCCAACCCAAAAGACCUACUUCCACCAAAUGCUGGGGGGAUAGAUACUCUGAAAAGAAAAUUCAACCCAUUACCUUCACUAGAAGCAGCAGGGCCAGGAAUCACAGUGCAAGCAGAAGUCAAGACUAUCAUUCUGCAGGUAGAAGUCCAAGCAGAAGGGAGAGGUCCCAUGAGCGCUAUGGUAAUGCCCACAGAGAAGUGUCAGAUAAUUUACAGAAUUCACAGUGACACUGAGAAGCAAAGGAGAGAGGAGGUCAUCCACGUAGCGGGUCGAAACAGAGAAGCUACAGCCAAGAUUAUCCUCAGAAACUUAGAAAAUCAUCCAAAGAUAGGUAUAGUGAAAGAACCCAAGAAGAUGAAUACCAAAGGGGUAGAUCAGAGAGAGGACAUCAGCAUUAUCACAGUGAUAAAUCUAACAGGAGAAGGAUGGGGGAAUUGCACAACCAGAAGACUCACCCAUGUUGUGAGAGUUCACAACAUAGACCCUGGAUGUGGUGCCAGUGACAGAGUCCAUGCUCCAAGUCAGCAUCGGCAACAGGACAGGGAACGACCAGUCAGGGCUGAGGGUCAUCAUCUCAUCGUGAUAAGAAUAUCCUGGGGGGACCUUGCUCCUUUUAAGAAUUCGGUUCCAUCUAAGAAAGAUAUUGAAGAUGCAAGACCAGCCAUGGUGGCACAGUGCAUGAACAGACAAGAAGUUGUUGCUGAUGUAUGCAGGAUAUCACCGGAUGGAAUGAGGAUUGUCCUUUACCAACCAAAUGGAGUUGGGGCACAGCCUGGAAAUGCACCUCCACCAUUGCCAACUGAAGGGGCAGAUUCCAUUUAUGGCUAUGAAAAAACUUCCAGCUAAACAUUGGAAGAAAAUGUUUAUGCUGCAAGGUAUAUUGUGAAGGUAGUGAAGGCAAAAAAAACUCCCAAGAUUACCUACUACAGUGACCAGGCCAAAUGUUUGCUGAUGGAGAACUCGCCUGAUCCUGACUGUGAAGCUGUCUUCUAUCAUGGUACAAAAAUCACAAAGAGUGGGAAGAAUGUGAUGUUAACAGAAACCACUGGGGUAGUACACAAUAUACCACAGCCAUCUGGACACCAUAACCUACCAGAGCAGCUUCAACCAAUUUACCUGCAUUUCAAACAGAUCCAUGAGCACUGCCUGUAUUUGGAAAGAGUUCUCUCAGAGGUUGUUGAAAAGACUGGUCUGAGUUGCUUUCCAGUCAUUGUAGGACGUAAACCUGCAUCAGCAUCAGCAACUCCUCCUGACAGUGCCCGUAGUUCUUCUAGCCCGCGAGAAGAUAAAGAAAACCUUUCACCAGUGUCACUGCAGUCGUACAAAUUACCAAGAAACGUUGCAGCACAGCUUGGGUCAUUUGAGGGCUCUGUUGCAAGUGUUCAGGUUGGAGGAAGCUUCAUCCCUCGACUGCGCGCACCACUGAAUCCCCACAUCCCUCGAAAUGACUCCAAAGGAACAACGGGCUCCUCAAAACAUUCCGUCUCUCGUGUCUAUGUUCACAACGUUGGUUGGGCAUCACAGGAUGAGGAGGGACAGGUAUCAGUGGAGUACCUUGAUGGAACACAGCUGCAGGUCAGCAGCAACUCGCCAAAGGUGGUCUUCACUGACACAUCUGGAGUCUCAGCUACAUACUCAAGCAAUGACAAGUUGCCACUCUCUGUGCAGCAGAAGCUCUCUCAGAUGCAGGUUGUGCUGACAUCACUUGCCAGGCCAACUGACUCCUCUGCCACGCCAAGGCUUACUCAACUGUUGCCUUAG